AUGCCGCAUCUGACACGCCUCAUCCUCCUCCUGCAAAUAUGCUUCCAAUGCAAAAGUCCAAUUACCAGGAUAUGGGCAACCAGCCAUACACAUCUCCCCGAUACAGUGUCCCAGAAACCCCAAAAACCUCAGCAUCAUUCGCCCACUCCUGGUGGGGACGGCUCUCCCCAUAAUGAUAUUCCUGUUUCUCCUCGCAACCACCCACUGCCUCUUCAAGGAUCCGGAUCCCCGACUCAGACUCACGUAGUCCCAGCCGCACAUCCUCCUCGUCUCCCGCCCGCGGCAAGUCAAGGCGGUUCGGGGAGCAGCAACCGAACCUGGAGCAAAUACGGCGAGAAACGCAACGACAGCGACAGAGUGCCGACCGGCCCUGGGUCUCAACAUGGGUAUGGCACGGGUGGUCAAGGAUCUGUUAAACCUGUUGCUCCAUUGAAGCAGAGCGCCACUCGUUCGGGCAAGAGCGUGCUCAGUCUGGACUCUCCCUAUUUCGUUGACCGUAAGGUCAAAGCUCUUCUGAACCAACUCACAAUGAAGAAAUUCGACCCCAUUUCCGAUCAGAUCAUCGCAUGGGCGAACAAGUCCGAGAAGGAAAAAGACGGUCGAAUUCUCAUUCAGGUCAUUCGGCUCGUCUUUGAGAAAGCUAUCGAUGACGCUGCAUGUACCGAGAUGUAUGCUCGCCUCUGUCGGAAAAUGAUGGAGCAAGUCAGUGCAAAGGUCCAGGAUGAUGGCAUCAAGAAUUCCGAAGGGAAACCCAUUGCUGGCGGUCAGUUGUUCCGGAAAUAUCUUCUUAACAGAUGUCAGGAAGAUUUCGAGCGAGGUUGGGUGGCGAAAGAAGUUACUGUUGCUGCAGCAACUGCCAAGGCUGUCGAGGAUCAAGCUGCCAAGGCCGCCGCCGAGAAGGGCGACGGCGAGGAGGAGAUCGCACUCUAUUCUGAAGAGUAUUACGCCGCGCAGAAAGCGAAACGACAAGGUCUCGGUUUGAUCAAAUUCAUCGGUGAAUUGUUCAAACUGCAGAUGUUGACGGAGCGCAUCAUGCACGAGUGUAUCAAGAAGCUACUUGGAAAUGCUGAAAAUCCCAAGGAAGAGGAGAUUGAGUCCCUCUGCACGCUUUUGACCACUGUCGGGCAAUUGUUGGAUACAUCGAAGGCCCGCGCCCAUAUAGACGUUUACUUUUCGCGCAUGAAGGGGCUUACAAAGAAUCCCAAUGUUAGCUUGCGUAUGCAGAGUAUGUUACAGGAUGUUCUCGAGCUGCGUGAGCGGAAAUGGGUCAGCCGUAAUGCUGUUGCCGCGCCUACUACAAUCGCUCAGAUACACGAAGCAGCCGCAAGGGAGAAAGCCGCUCAGGAGAAGGAAGCAUAUCAACGUCAAAUGUCAAUGUCUUCAAGUUGUGGUGGAUCCCGACGGGGUGGAGAACGAGGCGAAAUUCCCCAAGUUGGUCCCGAUGGUUGGGCAGUUGCUGGCGGUAACUCUGUUCCACGGCCGCAGCCCAAGGCUGGCGAUCUGUCCAAGUUUGGUCAGAUCAGCAGCAAAGGCGCGCCUCUCACCUUUGGUCCUCAGAGUAGCAUCUACGCCGGAAAGAAAGACAAGCGAGAGUCUGUCCAACGAACAAAUUCUUCUUCGAACAUGUUCUCUAUGCUUAAUAACGAUUCUACUUCCGAAGCUACGCCCAAAGAAAUGGUUCAACGGAAACGACUUAUCCUUGCGCCUCGGCCGAAACCAGUCGAGGGCCAGGAGAAUGCACCGGCGACUGCAGAGUCCGAAGGUAGCUCAGACGAAGAAGUUACCGCCGAACCUGAGCCUGUCGAGAUGAGCGAGAAAGACGCCAAGAAGAAGAUCGAAGAAGACAUCAAGGAGUUUAGCGCUGUUCGGAAUCUCGAUGAAGCGGAAGUUUACUUCACACAGCUUCCUGCCAAACACCACCCUCUCCUGGUUGAUAAGCUGAUCUCGUUUGCUGUCGAGUCGACAGACGCAGACGCACAGCUGGUGUCCCAGCUCUUUUCCCGUGCCUCGACCAAGAACCUGUGUACAAUUGUUGAUUUCGAGAGGGGAUUUGGCGUCGCGCUCGAGUUCCUGGAUGACAUUGCGAUUGAUGUGCCGAUGGCAUUCAAGCUGAUGGCAACCAUGAUGAAAGGGCCGGUCUUUGAUGAUGAGCAACGGACACGCUUAGCUUUGAAGACGGACAGUGCCAAACUUCUUGGACUUCUAUCUUAG